CCUACCUCAACCGUUCGCAGAGAAGGACAACAGUACUCUAUGACAACAGUACUCUAUUUCCUCCCAUGUACACCUUGGGAUCUUCUCGGGCCCAUAUACGGCCUGGAGUGAAGCACGGAGUGUCCAUGUUCUAUGUUGGACAAGCUUGGCAGGUGGCUAUCUCUAUCACAGGGGACGUCGUUAGCCACCCUACCCAUCCCUCCAUUGUUGACAGCCAGGGCCAACCCGUCCCCCCAAUCACCUGGAGCUUUCCCCACGCUGGCUCAGGCCCCACUGGCUGGAUCUCGUUACAAGGCACACCGCAAUUUUGGGUUGGGGACAAUACAUCCCUCCUGGUCUUGGCAUCAUGGGAUGUUCGAGUGCUCCAUCCCUUUGAUACAAUAUCCGGGAUCCUCCCGAAAGCUUUCAGCACGCUCACAUUCACCUACCGUCUCACUUUUCGGGUCGAUGGCACGGUUGAGGCCACUCGGAUCCUUGGCUCGUCUAGACCCAUUGCGCUGACAGAGCGUCUGGCCUGUUUUGCAGGCAAGAACGGCCAGCCUUGGGUUCAUGUGGUUACUAUUGAUGGCCUCCAGGCUGCAAUUGCACAAGAUGCGCUGCACGGGACCUUUUACGGCGCGUUCAUAGAGCCUGAACGGCAACUCAUCCUCCUGACCACUGAAUGCGAUGAGGUCUGUGUCUACGAUUACGAGAAGCUUAUCCAGGCCUGUACCUCCCCUCCGGCCAAUACCCAAUCUCUGGUUACCGAGCAAAGAAGGGCCGAAAAAGUCCGAAUACGGUCUUCAGAAGGAUACCAAGAAGCUUGUAUCCCUCACCAAGUGUGGUUUCUUUCGCACCCCGAUUCUACUUUGGUCAUGGCCAUGCGGCGAGACAAGGACAUUAAGCUAUUCGUGCUGCAGCCGGGAUCUGAUUCACUGCCUUCUUCAUGGGCACAUCUUCCCAUCGCUGACGACGAAUAUAUUAACUCUUUAUGCCUAUCGCCGGACGGUUGCAGCCUCAUCUAUCUCCUUCGGCAGGAGGGAAAUGAACCUCGCACGGUCUUGCGAGUCGCUCGUCUCCCAUCGUUUCCAGCGACUCACUCUACGAAACGAACCGCCCGUUGCUCCGACCCUCGGGACGUGUGUGUCUCAGAUGACACUAACGGCGACAUCUUCCGGCAUUGCAAUAAUAUGCAUGCAAUGUCCCUUCCCAACAACAGCUCUGGCUGCAGAGUUCUACUCGGUAUCCAAGAGACGAAAUUGUGGCUGGAACUAGACUUGAAGAUUGAUAUCUCACGGGACGUUACUCCAAACGUGCCAGUACCACCGGAACUGGCACUUGUCAACAUUCCACUCCCAAGUGAACAUGACGUCCAGGAAACUUUGCGACUUUGGGCUCUCACAGCGGCUGGCGGGGUGAUCGAAGAGGCUAUGUUCCAGCAGUCUCUGAAUACUGGAACUAUACCCUCUGCAAUGAUCGAGCAGCAGGAAGUCACACUCCCAACAUGGACUUCUGGAGUCGACCGGAGGGCUUAGGCCACGUUUUGAAGAGGAGUUUCGGCGUUGUACGGCCCUUAUCUGCUAAGCUGUUAGCUCAGGCGCAUUCGUCAAUCUGUGGAUCUGUGCGACGCCCACACGGCACGUGGCGCGGUACUUUGCGAUUCUCGAACACACCGAGGAACCGUCCCAUUCUAGCCAUCGAUACAACUUCAAAUUUUCCGAUGACAGCGCGCAAGUGGCUUACGAACUGGUGCGCACUCCUCUAUCAGAGUUCAAGCAGUUCGAGUGGCAAAGGGAAUAUUUCAAGUCUAUCCAUCCUGAUGCCGGCCGACGUUCCACAGCAAUCGCGGAAGACAUCACAUUGUUACUCAACAAGCGCAAGAAGAUCGGCGCACGUCGCGCCGCCGCCGUUCGAAUGGGGUGGUCCAAAGGCAGCGACGACAUGCUAGUCGAUUAGGGUUUAUCCGGUGACUAGUUCCUGUCCGAUACAUCCAGUAGGGUGCUACGCUCGAGGCCGUUGUGUUCCGCAAUUUAGUCACUAUCGCUUGCAGCUCCUAGCGAUUGAUGUUAGAAGUCCCUUCUGAUAUCGCUUGGAGCACUUACAUCUACAUCAGAUACAUGCAUCAUCGAGUCAAACUGUUCUUGAUAUGGCAUCGUCCAGGAUGGAGAGGGAGAGACAAUGAAGUGCUUCGUCAGGGUUUGCAAUAUCACCUCGCGGAGUAGCCGCACGGUUGCCCCACACUCACGGGUUGGGACAUUGGAAACUUCUUAGGCGCCACUUUGUACCCAUUCUACAAUGCCCAUAUUUAG